AACCAUAUAGUUUGCAGAAUGAGUAAUUUAUUACUAUCAUCAAAAUUCCAAUUUUUUAAAGAUAUAGGCAUUCAAAUUUUACUUGAUCUUACUAGGAUGGUCACAAUUCCCUGGUAUAUUAAUUACAUAAUUAAUUCUGAGAUUUAUAGAGUAUGUCCCAGGUUGUUUCAAUCACGUUAUUUUGCCUCUAGGCUUUACUCUAUAAAUUUACUAUACAAUAAUAACUGGUGUCCUCCUCUGUAUCCUUCAAAGCUGUCUGGCUUCAGUGUGUGGUGAUUUCUGAGUCUGUCAGAAAAGCACAUUCUAUGUUAAAGUCCCUUGUGAGUUUGUGUGUAUUCAAAUCUGAGUUUUACAGUGUUAAUGAAGUUUCCAUACUACCUUUUUCACAUGGAACCUUGACAGCCAAUCUUUGGGGCAGCAUAUGCAUUUCACAAUGUUUUAAAUCAAUAUUCCUCUUAUUAUACACAUAUCUACAUCUAUCUAUCUAUCUAUCUAUCUAUCUAUCUAUCUAUCCAUGUAUCUGUCUUCUAUCUCAUUUAUAUCAUACAGUUAUACCUACAUCUUCAUGUAUACUGAUAGUUGUGACAAUGUCAUUCAUUACAAACAAUUGUGCUUCCACCUAUGUUCAAAAAUAAUGUUUUAAAGCCACAGGGAGAGAAAAUAAACUGCACAUGCCACUCUUGCCCAAUGGCAUGAGCCUUAGAAUCUUGACAUCACAAUGUCCUUCAGCCUGACAACUACAGAAUCCUCCGACUUCAGUAGCUUACUGGCCACUGAAGGCACCAGUUCGGUGUUUAGAGGCAGGAAGGCGAACGAAAAUUUCACUUUCUUUGAUAAGUUCUUCACUGCAGGCUCUACUAAAAAGAAUGAGCAGGGCCCAGUAAAGAAAACAACAAAACAGAAAGCCACUCCAGUAUUACAGGUGGCGAUCUUUAUCAGGAGAAUUCAUUUUUUUCAACAUGGAAACUAUUGAGUCAGAAGAGGUGGGAGGAGUACAGCAACACGUGGUUUGCCAAGGCCCCGUGAUACUCAAAAGAGGCUGGAAAAGUAAUAAACGAUAUCUCAUCUUGCUCAAUAAUCUUUUGAUUGUAUCUAAUAGACAGAAAAGGAAAAAGUUUAAGAUAAAACAUGUCAUUCCAUUGACUCACCUGUGGCUUGGUGAUGAAGUGGACAUAUUCAGGACAGACAACAGCUCUGCUUCCAGGUCCAUUUACCUAUACUGGCCAAUGGGAAAUGCUGUGGCAACCUUUCGUUCCAUGGAACAGACUAUUUGGUGGUACUUCUUUCUACAAAGAUCCAUUCGUGAAGUCAAGAAGCAGAACAAAAUAGAUCUGUCCAUGCAGAUACUCACCGAGGACAUUGCAUGCUCUGACAGUCCUCUAUAUGUACCAGCAACAAACUUCGAUACGGGGAAUGACAUAAUCAGCAAGUUACUACCAAUGAUGACAAAACAUAACAUUGAAGAUUAUCAGCUGUGGUUCUGCCCUGGCCAUGGGAAACCUCCAAGACCACUCCAAGGGCAUGAGUAUCCACAUGACAUUAUGAUGAUAAAUGUUCAAAAGAACUUCAGUCCACAAGAAUUAAGAAAUUUUACAAGUAUAAAUUCCUUACCUCAGCUGUUCAAGAAAUAUCUAACAUCUGAUGCACAGGGGCAAUUCAUCUUAAAGCCCAGAGACUCAGAAAGAAUCCUGCAGGAAAAAAAUAUAAAUGGAAAAAAUCUUAAGAAACCAAAAACUUCUAUAAUAUCGUGGUGGCACAGGUGCUCUGUGCGCCACCAGGACCAAGUAUGCACUAGCCCACGAGUUAAUAAGGGAGGAAAACUGUUUGGAAGAGAACUCAGUUCCAUUUGUCAUGAUAACAAACUGCCCUCAGCAAUUCUGGACAUGCUGUCCCUACUAAAAAGGAAAGGGCCCACAACCAAGGGUGUCUUUACAGUAUCUCCGAGUGUAACCCUGUGCCAAACAGUAAAGGACAAAUUGGAUUCAGACGAAGAGGUGGAUAUAAACAAGCAAUCUGUGCAUGUAGUGGCCUGGAUCUUUAAGGACUUCCUACAAAACAUUGAAGGAAGUCUGAUGACUUCAAAGCUCUAUGAUGAAUGGAUUGCUGUAACCGAAAAGAUCAACGAGGAAGAGAAAUUAGCAGCAGUACAGAGUCUUUUAGAAAAACUGCCAACUGCAAAUGCUGCACUGCUGGGGCAAAUUUUUCAAAUUUUAUUUGAAGUUAAAAGUAACUCUUCGGUUAAUGGAAUGUCUUCUUACCAUCUGUCUUGUGGGAUAGCCUCAUGUCUCUUAUUCAUACCCAGCUCCUGCAAUAAUGGGGGGACAAAUGACAUUGCCAAAAAGAUAUCUCUGACAACAUUUAUGAUUGAAAAUGCUCGAAAACUAUUCGGGGAGGACUUGGUUGAGGUUUGGUAUGAAACAUCUCUAUUUCAUCCUCCCGGAGAGAUGUCCUCACAUUCCCAGAAUACUGCAACAAACACCAGCACCAUGAAGGAAAUAGAACGUGGACUCAGCAGCUGCCCCAGUGGCAAGACAUGCACUCCUGGCUAUGAUGCACUGCCGAGAAGUGCAGUUGAUUAUCCUUCCUAUGAGGGCAUUAUAGAUUCAGAGAAACACAAAGGCAGUAGUAUAUAUGCCAGCCCACCAGUACCUUAUCUAAAUCUACCACAUCCAAAAAAGAAAUGUUAUUUUGGGAAAUCUCUUACCAGUAUUUUUGAAGACAAAAAGAUGUCUGGUCUAAUAAUCGAUAUGCUGUCCAUAAUUGCCGAAAAAGGGCAAGACUCAGAUGACAUUUUCAAAAUUAUACCUGAAAAUUCACACUAUUCCUUGAGGAAUAGGAUUGACAAUGAACAAUACAUAAAUUGGAAUCAAGAAAGCGUGAUAAUUAUAGCAUCCGUUUUAACGGACUUUAUUAGAAGUAUUGAUGGAAGCUUGCUGACAUCUGAUUUAUAUGAAAAAUGGCUUAGCGUCCUAGAUGAAGAAACUGUGAUUGAAAAGCUUAUUGCCAUCCAAAGCCUUUUACUAAAGAUCCCACCAGAAAACCUUAUACUACUAAACCAUCUCAUUUCUGUAUUAGCAAUAAUAAAAGAUUCAUCCAUGAAUAAUUUAGACAGUGACAAGUUAGCUCUCCGCAUAGCUCCUUAUCUGCUAAGGGAUGAGACUACAAGGAACUCACCGUUUUUGCAGGACAUCUCAAGAAAGACGUUGCUUAUACAAGUCAUGAUUGACAACUAUCUGCUAAUAUUUGGAAAUGAUAAAACGUAUUUAAAAAAAACUGACAGAAGAGUAGAUGGACUAAAAACCUCUACACAUUCUAUAAAGUCUGCAGAGAAAUCACCUAUUAUGAAAGAAGCCAUAGGUGGACACAAUGAGAAAUCCUGGAAUGAUGAAAAAUUAAAUAUUUCACAUGCUCCUCUGAAAAAGUGUGGUUCUACAGAUUCAGAGAAACAACAAGGCAGUAGUGUAUAUGCCAGCCCACCAGGACCUUCCAUAAAUCCACCACAAACAACAAAGAAAUGCUUGUUUGGAAAAACUCUUAGGAGUAUUUUUGAAGACGAAAAGGUGUCUGGUCUAAUAUUUGAUAUGUUGUCCAUAAUUGCCGAAAAAGGGCAAGACUCAGAUGACAUUUUCAAGAUUAUACCUGAAAAUUCACACUGGUCCUUGAGGAAUAUGAUUGACAGUGAACAAUGCAUAAAUUGGAAUCAAGAAAGUGUGAUAAUUAUAGCAUCCGUUUUAAUGAACUUUAUUAGAAGCAUUGAUGGAAGCUUGCUGACAUCUGAUUUAUAUGAAAAAUGGUUUAGCGUCCUAGAUGAAGGAACUGUGAUUGAAAAAUUUAUUGCCAUCCAAAGUCUUUUAGUAAAGAUCCCACCAGAAAACCUUACACUACUAUACCAUCUCAUUUCUGUAUUAGCAAUAAUAAAAGAUUCAUCCAUGAAUAAUUUAGACAGUGACAGAUUAGCUCUCCGCAUAGCUCCUUACCUGCUAAGGGAUGAGACUACAAGGAACUCACCGUUUUUGCAGGAUAUCUCAAGAAAGAUGUCUAUUAUACAAAUUAUGAUUGACAACUAUCUGCUAAUAUUUGGAAAUUAUCCAACAUAUGGUAAACACAUUGACAAAAGGUCUGAUGGAUUAAAGACCUCUACAGAUUCCAUAAAGUUUGCCGACAAAUCACCUAUUAUUGAAGAAUUCAUAGUUGGAAUCAAUGGGAAAUCCUGUGAUAAUGAUGAAAAUUUCAAUAUUUCAUAUGCUGCUCUGAAAAAGGAAGGUCCUACAGAUUCAGAGAAACAACAAGGCAGUAGUGUAUGUGCAAGCCCACCAGGACCUCCCAUAAAUCCACCACAAACAACAAAGAAAUGCUUGUUUGGCAAAACUCUUAGGAGUAUUUUUGAAGACAAAAAGGUGUCUGGUCUAAUAUUUGAUAUGUUGUCCAUAAUUGCCAAAAAAGGGCAAGAAUCGGAUGAUUUAUUCAAAAUUGUACAUGAAAAUUCACACUUUUCCUUAAGGAACAGGAUUGACAGUGAACAAUGCAUUGACUGGAAUGUAGAAAGCGUCCUAGAUAUAGCAUCCGUUUUCAAGGACUUCAUUAAAAACAUAGAUGGAAGCUUGCUGACAUCUGAUUUAUAUGAAAAUUGGCUUAGCGUCAUGGAUGAAGGGACUGUGGCUGGAAGAAUUACUGCCAUCCAAAGACUUUUACUAAGGAUCCCACAAGAAAAUUUUAGUGUACUAAACCAUCUCAUUUCUGUAUUAGUAAUAAUCAAAGACUCAUCCAUGAAUAAUUUAAACAGUAAGAGAUUAUCUAUCCGCAUAGCUCCUUAUGCGCUUUGGGAUCGGACUAGAAGGGGAUCAUUGUUUGGGAGUGAUAUGUCAAUAAAGAUAUCUCUUAUGCAAAUCAUGAUUGACAACUAUAUUCCAAUAUUUGAAAAUGAUAAUAAAUAUUGCUCUGAUGGACUAAAGACAUCUGCUGAUUUCAUAAAUUCUUCAGGAAAAUCACCUAUUAUGAAAGAAGUCAUAGGUGACCACAAUGGGAAAACCUGUGAUGAUGAAGAAUUUGAUAUUUCAUAUACUAUCCUGUAGGAGGAAAGUCCUAUAGCAGGACAGAACAAAACAACCACCACAUAUAAGUGGUAGAGUAUGACUGAAGACGUUCUAAGGUCAUUCUAUUCUUAUGUUCCUGUCUACCUCCCACUAAAUCAUAGCAGAAGAUAUUAUUACAAGAUCCUACUUCUGCUUUAUAUUUCACCAUAUUAGUUACAAAUAGUUUCCCUAAUUAUUCUUAUUUUAUGCUGUAGUUUAUAUAUUUGCUAUUAUAAUAAAUUUUAUUAAAUUGUGUUAUUGCUUACA